CAUGCUGAAUGAGUGUCACACCAAGCUCGUGCAGAAAGCUGAAAUAUGUGAACUUUUUUUCAAAUUUAAAAGAUUUAUAGCUGAGUAAUUCGCUCGUAAUAAGUGUAAUAUGUUCCUUACCAGUUCGAUUCUCAAAAGUAUUAACGGUGUUUAUUCUUUAACUGAAAAUAAAUUAGCAUGAAACGACAAUGAAGUUUUAAGCAAAUUUAAUAAAAAGAUCGCACAAGUUGCAGCGUAGCAUGGCAAACACAGAACGCGUUGUUUCCCGAACGCGCUCACGUAAAUUAAAUAAAAUUUUUGAGCUUGAUGACGAGUUUGAAAAAAUUUCAAAUGACACUAGCAAUCAUUCAGACACAAGAUUAUUGGGAAGUAAUGGGAUUAGAAGCAAGCUACUAAAAGAUGAGUUAUACCACAUGAUAAUGAGAGAAAGAGAAACUUUAGAAGAGGAGUACUCGACAAGAGUAAAUAAUCUCCUGCAGAGUUUCAAGAACAAAAAGUCGGAGUGGGAAGAGAUGGUGAGACUAGAGCGUGAAGAUCUAGAAAAUCAAUUUGAACGCGAGCGAUCUGAAAUGAACGCUGCAUUUGCUCAUGAAAUUGCAAACCUUGCGCGUAUAUCAGAAGAAGAGAAAGCUUUGAUGAACAAACAGUUUGAGGAAAAAAUGAAACUGCGUGAACAAGAGUUUGAAAAAGAGAAGGACAAUUUAAAACAGUUUUUUUUAAAUGAAAGUGAAAAAAUUAAAGUGCAACUAUUAAGCGAAUGCGAAGAAAAGGUAAAGAACGAACAAAAAAGAAAAAACGAAAAACAUAUUAAUGAAACAAUAAACUUAGAAAAAAAAUUCGAGUCAUCAAAAACGGAAAUCGAGGCUUCCUACAAAAGACAAAUUGAAAUGUUAGAAACUAAGCACAACAAAGUUUGUUUUGAACUAGAAAGAAAAUAUGCAGAAGAAAAGAUUACCUUAGAAAGAGAGUUUCAGCGACGUCUCGAGAUCUCAGAAAUGACUUUGCGAAAAGAAACUUUAAACAGAGAAGAAAUAGAACGCAUAGCUACACUAGAAAAAAAUAAUACACAGGCUUUAGUUAACAUGUUAAAGGAAGAAAUUGAAAGAUUUAAAGAAGAAAUUGAUCGUCUUAAAAAGCAACCAAUUCCAUGCCCAGAAGUACGAAUAGUUGAAAAAGAAGUGCCAAACAAUAACUCGGUUUUAUCUUUUAAAAGUCGAAUGGAUUUACCUCCAAACCUUAAAGAUGAGUUUGAUUUUUUACUGAACGAAUAUAAAGAAAAUCUAAAAGACAAGUAUAAAAGUGAUAAUGAGGCGAUGGAAAAAAAAAUUGAAAUUGAAAAGGGAAAACUAAAAGAAAAAUUUUUAAAACAAAAAGAAGAACUUGAAAAACGCCUCAAUGAAGAAAAGCUUCGAAUAGAGAAAGACUUUAACAGAAAUCGGGAAGACAUGGAAAAAGAAAUUGAACGAAGGUUACGAACUAAGCAAUUACAAGAAUCAUUGCUUGAUCAUCAGAAAAGAUUUGACGAUUCAAAUAGAAAAAUAGCCGAAGAAGAUCGCUUUAAACUUGAAAAAGUGCUGGAAAACGAAAACAAAAGAAAUGCUAUUUUAAUACAGGAAUUGACACAAGAAAACGAAGGCUUAAAACUAAAAGCUAAAGCUUUAGAAGAUAACAAUCAACUUUUGAAAAAUUUAAAAGAAGAGGGGCAACAAGAAGUUGAUAGGUUAAGAAAUGUUGUACAAGACCUCAAAAUAAUAGUCGAAGAAAAAAAAAUUAGCGAUAAAAACCCUGCCUCAACAGAUUAUUCGUCACUAAUUAUGACGUUAAUAAACCAACAACAACAAAAACAAGUUCAACAGCCAUCAAAAACUCCUGAUCAAAAUAUUUUGAAGAAAGAAGAGGAAAUUAAAGCUGAAAAAAAGAAAUUGGAGAAGCUAAGGUUGGAUCUGCAGCAACAAGAAAAGGAUAUCAAAGACCGCAAAAACAUAGAAGAUGCCGCUAAAUUGGCAUUAGAUAAAUCUCACGAAAAAUACGAAAAUUUAUUGAGCGAGAAGAAUCGUUUAGAAAAAUCUCUUAAGUCACUUGAAGGAAAAGUUUUUAGUAUGCAAGAUGAGUUUGCAAAAAUGAAGAAUACUCCUCAGCAACAUAGCAUACCAGUUAAGCCAAUGUACCAUGGAAUUCUUGAGAGCUCUGAUACUCAAUUUACUUUUAUUCCCAUUCAAUCUCCAAACCAAACAGUUAACUCUCCUAACACGCCUCUUCCGUUUCUUCAUCCAAAUCAAAGUGUUUUGACAAAUAAAAUUGAAAAUCUGAAAAAAAAACUAAAGGACUCACAAUAUGGGUACUCAGUGUUAGAGAAAGAAAUAAGAGACCGUGAACGGCAAAUAGAAAAACUUGAAAACGCACUCAUGAAAGAAAAAGAAAUAUCGUCUGGAUUGAGGGAUUCAUUAUCAGAAGAAAAAAGCAAGUUUGUACGUUAUAAAGAUGAAAAAGAAAAAGAAAUAAAAAUGCUAAUGAAGGCAAAAAGGAGUACAGAAGAAAUAAAACUGCAAUUAGAACUAGAAGUUCAGGAACUAAAAUCAAAAUUACAGCAUGCUGGUCAAACACUUACCGCUGUUCGUAAGCAGGCAUCCGAUGACUUAAAUUCUUCUUACAUACUUCAACGUGACACAAAUGAAGUGGUUAGAAAUCUAAAGUCGCCCGGUUUUUCUCAAACGGUAGCAUCAAUACUUGCAAAUUCAGAAAAGCGAAAAGUCAAUAUCGAUCCAAAAUAUCAGAGUGAUAGCAAAUUUGUAUAUGUAAAUUCCUCACCAGAAGAUAUUGAUAGAGUUAAAAGAUUGGAAAACGACAAAAAGAAACUAGAAGUCGAGCUCGAAUCAGUGAAAGAAAAUUUAAAUAACUAUACAAACAAAUUGGAGAACCAGCUCCGAAAGUUGGAAAUAAAAGUAGAACAACAGAAUGAUUUUAUAAUUAAGCGCCCCGUUAGCAAACUUGAUGAUGAUGUCAAUCAAGAUAGUCUAAGAAACCAAAAAGUACAUCUGCAAAAACUUAUCGGAAGAUUGUCAGCUUUGCAACAUUAGAAAUCGGCUUUUUAUACUUUUAAAAAUCUGUUUAUAUGUAUAUAGUUGAGCAUGUAUAUAUAUUUUAGAACAUAAA